CAAUUCGUCCUUGAAAAAGUACAGUCUCACCAUUGAGAACGUGAUUUCAUAUACUUCCUUGUCUGAAAUUAAAGUAUGCGGAGAAUACGACAAAUGAUUUUACAGGUAAGCCUCCUAUUGUUCAAGUUUGCUGAGGCAGAACUAGGAGAUCGUUGCUUGACCCUGGGUGAAUGUGGCGGAUACACAGGUGCGGUAUGUAGAAAUGGCUCCUGUCAUUGUGUUGGGACCAUUAACGCAGAAAACCAAUGUAAAUUGGAUGAAACAUCGCCAAAGGAAAACAUAAUAAUCGCUGUAACGAUGGGUGUUGUAUUUCUUCUAUGUCUAUUGUUAGUUGUUGCCAUCUUGGUUUACAGAAAAUGUGGACGAGGAGGAUUCAAUGUCAAAAGUUAUGACGAUUUGAUUUUUUCUGAUAUCACUGCAAGUGCCAUUGGAUAUACUCCCAUUACAAAAGUAUCUAAAAUAAAACCAGUUAAAAUUGAUAUGUUCCAAAAUCAUGUCCACGAACUGCUAAGAGACGAUGGAAUUGAACUAUUCAAAGAAUAUACAGAGUUAGCUGAGCUAGUGUCAAGUUGUAUAGCAACUGUCGGAAACUAUCCUCAAAAUGUAGAGAAGAACAGGACUUCAACAAUUCCAUAUGACUUUAACAGAGUAAAACUGUUGGAUGAAAAUGGAAUACUUGAAGGGAGUUAUAUUAAUGCAAGCCAUGUUCUUCAAAAUAGAUACAUAAUAACCCAGUUUCCCCAGCGUCGAACGAUGGUGGAUUUUUGGAGAAUGGUAUGGGAGCAAAACGUCACAACUAUAAUCAUGUUGGCUCCAUUAAAUGAAAUGAAAAUGUGUUUUCGGUAUUACAGUCGCCAACCAGGGAGGGAGUGUGUGUACGGUGACAUCAAGAUCACAGUGAUUGCCACUUUUAUGUAUGGUCAAAAUAUGAAAAUCCGUCACUUUGUUGUGAGUAGGAAAAAGGUAAACAGAAGAAUAACCCAGUUUCAUGUUUAUGCUUGGAACCAUCUUUCUAUUGCUCAAGAUAUUGUUGACUGCAUUAAAAGUGUGAAGUUAAAUGUCCAUUCCAGCAGACACAUCAGUCCUAUUGUGGUCCAUAGUGGAUCUGGGGUAGAAUGGAGUGGAAUAUUUGUACUAGUGGACUACUUGAUACAGAAAAUUGAAAUUGGUUCAGAGGUCAUCGAUGUACCGGCGGCUACCUUAAACCUUCUUGAUGAACGAAUGUCAAUUAUCUCAAAGAAAGCUUAUGGACUGGUUUACUCCUGUCUCCAUGAAUAUCUAAAACGAAAUAUACUUACAAGUAAUGAUAUUUCUACAACUGAACAACAAGAACAUUCAUUAGAUUAUGAAGAGCUCCCUUAAUCACAUAUGAAUGAGAUGAAAUCGACGCGGAAACAAAGGAAAAUGACAGAAGCCCAUCCAUGAUGUUAAAAUGAACUGACUGUACGGUAUACCACUGUGAUUCUUACAUUAUUUAUUGCAAUUAUAUAUAAUCUUUAAUACUUAAGUUUCGUUCGCUUAAUUAUAUAUUGUAUAACAAAAAAUACAAAUUUUGACAACUACUCUAACCAAUGUAAUGGUGAUGUGAAAUUGUUGUUAGAUUAAUUUCCCAUUGAUAAUCAAUGGCGGGAAGAAUCAAAGCAUAUUCAAGGCCAACUUGUGUACGAAUUUUUUUUAAAAUUGAUUGGAUAUUUUAAAUGUCAAUCACUGAUCUAAAGGACAGUUGUUCCAUGUUUUGGGAAGUUGAAAUUUUAUAAAUCAUCACAUGCCGUGAUGUAAAUACAACGCCCUGAUUUUAUAGAUUUAUAUUAAGAAUGAUAAAAAUAUGCAUCAUAUAACAAUAGUUAAUGUGUGUUGUGCAUGAUGACAAUUAUAUGCAUGAAUAUGUAUUCACUUAGACGAUUAAACCUGAUAUUAUUUUUUUUUCCAUUCAACAAUUUGAUAACAUGUGCUUUAAAUGGCAAAUUUACUUAAAAUGUAUUCCAAUGAGCUAAUGAUACAGAUAGUGUAUUUAAAAUUUAAAACUCAAAAUUAGCUGUUUAAAAAAAUGGCAAAAAUUUUACUUUACGUAGAAUCAUCUCUUUGAUAAAGUGGUAAUGCACUAAUGCACAUGUGUAUAAGUGAGAUCAUAGAAAAUUAUGUCACAAGUUAUAUCAUAGGAAGUUUACGAAACUAACAUCACUUAAUCAUUUUAUUUGAAUAUGAGUUAUAGGGCGGGUUUUGACCCAAGCUUUCUCUUACGCCUUUAGCCUCGCCUUGUUUCACUCAUACCAAAAAAAUUAUACAUCUUUAACAUAUCAAAUGUUCAAUAACUAGCCAUUAUCUUCUCCUUAGUUAUAAUUAUUUAUCAAAAUUUUGACAUCUCGCUUAUGAACAAAACAACAUCAUCUCCUUUAUAAAAUACAUGAAUGCACAAGUCAUAGUAGUGCUUAACAAUGUAUAAUUCUUGCAAAUGUGUGAUAUACAUGUAUGUUUAUUAUAUAUAUUUAGAUUUAUAGGGGCAUGGUCACGAUUUUGGUCAAAUUUUAUUUUUCGGUUUUUAUUAUUUACAAUGCUUUAGGAAUGUAUUUUUAAUGGUCAAAUGAAAUUUGGGAGCCAUUCGAUGAGUUUUUAGCAAGAUACAGGGCUCACAAUUCUUCGUCAUGUAAACAAGGCUCGUGCCCUGUUUAUGUUUACAUAGGUUUAAUAUACCAGUAAAAACUUUUUCAAGCUGAUUUGUCUAUCUUCUUAUUCAUUCUACACUUAGAUAAACAUUUCCUAACGAUUAACGCAUUCAUUUGAAGACUAAUUUUUGCCUACAACAAAUUAUCUACAGAAUCAUAUAUGGCAUAUCUGCGAUUUAUAUCUCCUUUUUGCAUAAACAGCCCCGAACAUUGCUUGCUGUUUGGAAAAGUCGUUUCUCUGAUGUAUGAUGUAUUUCUGGAAAAGUUAGGCAACAUGUAUAGUUGGGAAGCUUUUUAUAUAUAAUACACGUAAUUAGUUUCAGUUUUGAUUUGAAUUUUUGAAUCCAAACAACCCAAACUAAAACUAAUUACGUGUCUCUGUAAACAAUCUAUCCAGUUAUUCUGUUCUGUUUUUUUUGCUCUUACUCAAGUUGAAUAUCAUAUAGUUU